AUGUCUGCAGGAUCUCAAGAGACAUCAUAUACUGUACAUGGUUUAAUCCAGAAGAGUGAAUUAAUCAGUGAAGGUCCACCUAAACGAUUUCAUCUCAUCACUACAAGAAGUAAUCUUGGUGAAAACGGCUCAGUGAGAAAAUGGACAUUUGGACAGAGAGACAUCAAUAUGCAAAACAAAAUCCUACUGAUGGUAGGAGAAACUGGAACAGGCAAAACUACUCUGAUUAAUGCCAUGACUAAUUAUAUACUCGGGGUGACGUUUACAGAUGAAGUGUGGUUUGAGAUUACAGAGGAGGGAGAAGAGAAUCAGUCAGAUCAGUCAAAAAGUCAAACAACUAAAGUCACAGUGUAUGAGGUGUUUACCCAGAACAACCCAAUCUGUCUGACCAUCAUUGACACUCCAGGUUAUGGAGACACCAGGGGAACAGAAUAUGACAAACAGAUAGCCGAGAAUCUGUACAAUCUGUUUCACUGUGACGGUGGAGUGAAAGAAAUUGAUGCAGUGUGUCUGGUAGUGAAGGCAUCUGAGAAUCGACUCUCUGACAGACAGCAUUACAUCUUUGAUGCAGUUUUGUCCUUAUUUGGUAAAGACAUAGAAAACAACAUUGUGAUUUUUAUCACUCACUCAGAUGGAUUGCCUCCAGAUGAUGCUCUUAAUGCCAUCAAGAAAGCAGGGAUUCCCUUCAGGACAAAUGAUGAUAAUGAACCUGAGUAUUUCUUAUUUAACAAUCGCCAAACAAAAAAGAGGAGCAACAAGUAUAACAAAGAUUUCCAGAGAGCUUGGGAUCUCACAGAGGACACUUUAAAUGAUUUCUUUGACUCACUUGGUGAACAGAACAGAAAAAGUUUAGUGCAGACUGAAAGUUUACUGACUGAGUCGAUACGACUUGAAGCCUGUAUAUCUAAUCUACAAAACCGUAUUGAGUUUGUAGAGUACAAAAGUAAAAAACUGACUCAGAUACAAAAAGCUCUUGAGGAAAACCACGAAAAGAUUAAGCGAGAUGAAAACUUUACUUUUACAGUCACCAAAUAUUACAAAGAAAAAGUUCCCAUUGAAGAUGUUUCAUGGAGGAACAGAAUGGUGUCCAGUUGCUCUGUCUGUGAGGAAAACUGUCAUGAGUACAAUUGCUGGUGUGCCCUGAAUGCCAUGUUGUGUAAAGUCAUAAAAAAAGGCUACUGCACUGUAUGUACAGGCAAAUGUCACUACACUAAACAUGUCAGAGAGAACAAGAAAUAUGUUACACGCAGUGAAGACAGCAACAUGACAUUUGAUGAACUUAAAAAACAAUAUGAAACUCUCAGUAAUCCAAAAUCAAUUACCAAGUUUGACUCUGAGUCCUUUGAGAAUGUAAAAAACGACUUUGAAACCAAAAAGAAAAAGGAAGAGGAGAAGAGCAGCAUAGAGAAAAGACUGCAAGAAGAACUGACUGAGAAAGAAAAAGAAAAAGCUGAGCUGGUGGAAGAAGCCUUCAACAGCAUCAUGAAACUGUCACAGAUUGCUCUGAAGCCAGACUCUGCUUUCAUUGUUCAAUCUCUUGAUUUCUUGAUCCCUCAAGCUGAGGAAACUGGAAGAAAUGUUCUUGCUAAGAAUCUAAGAGAGCUAAGGAAGAUUCAGCCUGAAUCAGAGGAAAGAGUUCACGCUGCAAUUGAGUAUGCAAGAGCAGGUUUAAAUAAAAUGAAAGAUUUUAUUAGUGGUAAAUAAAUUAAUUCGGGAGAUUAAAUAUGUUCGUUUAACAUGAUGUAAUACAUAUGGAAUAAUGAACAUCAAGCAUCUGCAUCAAGAAAGCAACAUUUACUUCAGUUAAUCAAAUAUAUUGUGUUUAUUCAGUAAUGCUGAUGUUAAAGAUUUAAUAUUUUACAUUAAAAUGCUAACCAUUUAAGAUUUAAUGUUACUUUUUGAUCAUACUAAUAACUAUUAUUAGUAUGAUCAAAAACUAACACAAUAAUAAUAACUAUUAUUAUUAUUUUUUUUUUUUGUAUGAGCUUUCAUGAUUGACUUUAAAGUGUAACAGUGGAAUUUUUUUUUGUGCCAUAUUUGUCACGUUGAUGAUUUAACAGACCCUAAUGCAGGGAUAAAGACGAGCCAUGAUUUAUUAGACACAAAUAUAACAAAAGUCAACUUAACUUGAAGAAACCUAAGAUAAACCAAAACGAGAACACAUAGAAACUACAUGGCAUGACUAAGACAAAAACAAAGUUACUUCAAACAUGGAAACAAAACAUAACAGGACACAGCACACAGUGACAAACAUAGAACCUUUUGUGAACAAUGAAUCAACAAACAAGCAAUCUAAAAUGAAGGGUAUAAUGAACAAGCCACAUUAGGAGUAAUGGGGGACAGUUAAACUUAUACAAGACAUAAACACAUGUUGAUAACAACAAAACACCUGCCAGCACACCCUAUAGACCCAGAAUUUGACAAUACUACUUGUGAAGCUGUACUGUUCAUAAAAAAGAUGUUCAUCCUUUUCUUCAUGUA